AUGCGAGUGGGCGAGCUACUCGCGCCAGAUGGUUGGUUCCCGACUGACCACCGUCCAGUGACGCUAGUGCUUGGUCUAGCUGUAGGAGGAACUGGGACGAGUGCCAAAGGGUGCUGCCAAAAGAAGCGAGCAGUGUUUGAGAUUUCCCGUUAUCGUGACUAUGCUGCUCUGUUCACUGAUGGAUCCCAGGUCAUGCAUGCACUAAAUGGGGUGAUCACGGACCUAUCGAAUGGGGCCUGCAACAGCACGGAGUCGGUGGAGCGCAUUAGUACCCUCCUGCGGAAGGUGCUGAUUCGAGUAUUUGCGGGUCGCAGGCCUGAGGGUAUGCAAGCGGGGGGUGGUGCAUUAUGGUGGAACGAGGAAUGCCAAAGCGUCCGGCAGCACAUGCUUGCCUGCAGGGUGCGGCUUGGCCCUGGCAGGGUCGAGAAUAAGUCAGGCCCCUUGUGGGAAGCAUUCUGCAAGGCACGUAACGCAAUGAACCGUGCCAAACGUCGUGCCCGAGCAGCAUAUGAUGCAGAGAGAAUGCACACAAUGCCGAUGGAACCGCCGGACACAAAGGACGGAAUUAAGUCGGUCGGUGCAGUCCCCGGUGCUGGAAAACCAGUGAUAUGCCUCCGAAUGCUUGUGAUGAUGAUGCUUUCCAUCUGCCCAAAACGGGAAAUGGGAGGCAGGGAUGUUACACAUGGGGAGGGUAGCAGAUUACCCCCGCCUCCCGCCGUCAACGAUAGGACGUGUUCGGAUUUUGUCCAUGAUGUGGUCUAUAUGAAUCGGGACGGUGAUGUCUCGGGGCAUGCAAAAAAGCUCAUCCCCAGGAUAUGGAAGGCGCGUCCAUUCCCCGUUUCUGCUCAGUCUUCUCCCAUGUCCACUCGCAGCAUAGCUAAGGCGGGGACUUUUGAUGCUGCAACACAGGAACCAUGGCAGUAG